GGCGGCACUACAAGGAAGAUCGUUUCAUCACCGAACUGCGGACAUGGUGCGAAUGGCCGCCUUCUACCUCAUCCGCGGUACCAACAUUAAUGUGUUUCGUGGAGCAACUUCAGUUCAUGGCCGCAUUUUCAACGGUAUAAUCAAGACUUACUUGCUACAAACAGGCAGACAGCCCACAGAUAUACUGACUCUGGCGAGAGUCUGUAAGACGUUCCCCUGGGCAACUGUAACGGUAGCCAUAAAGGCGAAGGACAGGCUGCCGGUGCCGCACUCCAGGAUGCAAGAGAUGGUGCCCGGAUAUCCAGCGGCCAUGAUGACGACAGUCUUCGCGGAGCUCAUCCCGCAGGGAGAGCCCUACACGGCCACCAUUAGAGACGCCCACUAUCUCUACAUUGCCGAGCUCAUAAAGUUUGUCGAUCUUAAGAUGCGUCCCAAGCCGAACUGGGAGGUUGUCGACAACUUCGAGGGACAUGCGUCGGUGUUAGAAAGAAGUUUCCUGGCGCCUAAAGAACGACGUGUGGAAUUCAUGCGAAAGUGGGACAUCCUUGUUGGCGGAGUGUGCUCCGAAGCUGUGACCAACGCAGCCAAGCUCUUCAGGAGGGACUACAGGCUUCCCAAACGGGCUUCAGACACAAAUCCAGCUGUACAUGAAACGAAGUAGCUUUUCUCGGGUUAAGGGAAUCGUUUAUUUUUAAUGGCUGACAAGUGUGAAAACUUUUUAGAAGUGCAUUUGUUGUUCACAUGAACAAAGGCUUUUACUAUCACUUGGAA